AUGGGCGCUAUUAAAGGCUAUUUCAAGUCUCAACUUCAAUGGCAAAUGAUCAUGUUGGAGUAUGAAGACGUUUCGGAGUUUUAUUUGAGUGCGUUCCAAAAGAAUCGUUCGGUCGUUCCGUUGCUGUUUCUGAGGGUGGUGAUAUGUCUGGGCUGCGUCGGAAUUGUGGUGUCGUCCGCUGUGCUAUCGGUAGAAAACAUGGCCUGGACCUACUGGCCAAUAUUUCUAACACACUGGGGACUGAUUUUAAACAUGAUUGCAGCGGCAUUUGCCGUUGUUGUGUCCGCGAGGGCCUAUUUACGAGGACCCAUCGACGCUUUAUUCGGACUGCCAUGGUACGUGAAGAUGCAUUGGGUCAUGACUAAUAUUUCAACAGUUAUAGCAAUUUUCAUAACGGUGUUUUAUUGGACGCUUCUGAGCAAUACUGAGGAAGACUACGCCGUGAUACUUUACACUGGACAUUUUCAUUCACGCGGUGAACACAAUCCUCAUGCUGGUGCUGCUUCUGUCGGCGAAGCAGCCAUUCCCGCUGCUCCACAUCUACCAGCCGAUCAUUGUCGGAAUCAUUUACGCUAUCUUCACUGUCAUUUUCUACUUCGCCGGCGGCACCCACCCGUGGACUGCAGGCCCAUACAUAUAUCCAGUUCU